UCCGGCUUGUCGUUAGUCGAUAAUUGGCUUGUACACAACAAUCGAGCCACGACAAAGGGCGCUUGUGCCACGUAUGUAGGGAACAGUCUUUCAGAAGAGUUCUUUGAUUUCUGCUAUCAGCUUGCAAUUUCAGAAAAUAUUUUUUGGAAAAGUAAAGAGUCAGCAAGGUGAGCCAGCUUUUCCAGCCAGACAAGCUCGUGCGAGAAAACCCUCGUUAGACGAUGGAGAUGACUGAGGAAAAGGACACCGACGAGCAGGUGAGGGAGUUGGCGCGGCUGCUACAGGCCGGCGACUUCUCACAGGUGGCGCUACAGGCCGUGAUGGACUGCCGCCAGCAGCAGGAGGAUGAUGUAAAGAAUGCUGGGAGGAUGCAAACCGUGCUUUAUAUGCUCACCCACUACUGCCCGCAGACGCAGGAGGUCACGGGGUCAUUGCCGCAGAACGUUGAGUCACUGCUUCUGUCCCCCACUAUCCGACUGAGUCACAUGGUGACGGACGACCAGGCCAGGUUACGUGUGGUGACGUUCCUUGGAAACGUACUGGAGCAUGCGCAGACCAAACUGAUGAUGGAGUCGCAGCAGACCGUGGUGGGUUACGUCGCCGGCGACUGGCCUCGUCUGGAGCGAGUGCUGCGACAAGCCAUCCAUUGCACGAGAGACACGUACCCGGCUUUUCUCCAGGUGGCGCUUGCAGCGGACAGACUACUCGUCAGGUGUUUCCCCAAAGAAGCGAAGAAGUUUUUGGAGGACAUGGCUCACGCUGCCGAGAUGUUCGGGACUUCACGUGACCAUGCCGUGCUGUGGGGCUUGACGGGAAAUGCUAUGAGCCAAUAUGAAGGCACAGACUGGGACGAGGCUCUUGGCCGAGUGAGAGAUUCCGUCAGCAAACUGUCAGAAGCAGAGCCUUGUGUACAUUACGCGCGCAUGUUGUUUGACCUCGGUCUUAUACACUUCCGCCUGGGUCAUCAUGAUGAAGCUUAUAGGUACUUCAACAUGGCGAGGGGCCUUCCUCCAGACGCUGAUCAUGGGGAUGAAUCACAGGUGGUGUACUUCCCCAUCAGACUUCGCUGCUACCUGUCAUUGCCAUUAAUCUUUAGAGGUAAACUGACAGAGGCAAAGAAGAUGGUGGAAGAAGCACUGGAGCUAUGUUCCCAGCUCACGACCUAUCAUCCAGACAGAACAACACUGCUUAACAACCUUGGUCUCAUCUACGAACGCAGCGGUGAUAAUCAGGACCUGGCGCUGCAUUUUUACCGACAAUCUCUGCAGGAAAGGAGAGGGCUUCCCAGCAUGCCGCCUUCAGACCUGGUUCCUUUGAUUAUCAACGUGGGCAUGCAGUACAUCAGAAGAGGACGUUUAGACGAGGCAAUGGUCCACCUUCAAGAGGCAUUGGAGAUUCGGAAACAGUGUGGAUGGCUGCACUACAACACAGCCUUAACCCUAAAGAACCUCGCGCGAGUCUGCAUCUUGAGACAAGACUUCCAGGGUGCGGAGGACUAUUUGCUGAAGUCCAGGAGCAUCCUGGAAAAGUGCACUCCUCAGCAUGAACAGCGCGGUCACGUGUCACUGUUCUUGGCCCAUGUGUACGUCACACCGUCCCUCUAUGACGCCGGCCAGGUGAGUCGCUACCUGCAGGAGGUGCUGGAGGUGCUUGAUGUCAGGCAGCAGAGCCGCAGCUCGUCAGGCAAGUUGAUGGUGCUGUCAUGUGCGGAGCAUUGCAUGCAGCUGGGCGGCUGGCGUUGGAGGGAGAUGGACCCCUACCUGAAGGUGGUUGAAGAGCUGCUGAAGCAGUUUGAAGGCGACCUGUCUCCACAGCUCAAGGAGCACCACGCCAUCUUUGAAAAAGUCAAGAAACUCGAAGGACAAGGGGACACCGUCAGGGCUGAGCAGCUGGAGGAACUGACGUCACACGUGGUGGCCGCCUGUCAUUUUUGCAACAUAUUUUACGACGAUAAAGACUUCAGAGAACUGUGGAGACGAGUGGAGAUGAACAGAGAUGACCAAAGCAAAGUCUCUGAUCUCAUGUAAUAGUUGUGGACACCGAAGACUCACCUGUCUGGUUCGGACAUCCAGCCUCCUUUCCAGGUGUGCUUUUUGAAAAUUAGUUUAAUAAAAGGAACAAAUUUGCGCAUGACAGAAAUAACAGACCAGAGGGUGAAGUUAUGGCUAGUCAUAUGACCUCAAAUCGUCUGCUUCACUAUGUCGAUAUGUGGCGCAUUCUUCUGGCGAAGUUUCCACAAUAAUCCACAUAACUCGAACUCUCGAGAUGCAAAUAAGUAAUCUUGAAUGUAUGUGACUGAUUGGACAGUGUGACUACAAUGCGUCAAGUGUAGCUUAAAAUGAGAAAUAUGUCUCAAU